ACACCGGAGUCACUUCCGAAGAGAGAGAACCGCCAUGAAGAGAGAAGGGGGUGCCGCCCACCUCUGCUCCGACAGCCUCCCGGGGUCCCAGCAGCAAGACGGCAACCACGCACGCAACUUCUCCAGCCACAGCUCAUGCCGCCAUCGCCAGCGGCACCGACAUGACAAGGCGCUGCAUGCUCGCUAGGCCAGGUUUCCCCUCAUCCCCAGCCCCGGGGUCGUCGCCCCCGCGCUGCCAUCUGAGACCCGGUAGUACCGCCCCUGCUGCAGCGGGAAAGAGAACAGAGAGUCCUGGGGACAGGAAGCAGUCAAUUAUAGAUUUCUUCAAACCAGCUUCAAAACAAGGCAGGCAUAUGUUGGAUUCUCCACAAAAAUCAAACAUCAAAUAUGGAGAAAGUGGAUUUUCCAUCGCUGGGACAGAGCACUUUGAAAGGAAACUAUCUUUACCAAAAAAAUCUGAACACAAAAGGGUGUCAUCAGAAAAGAGCACUAUUUUAGAAGCUUUCGUGAAAGGUGUUAAAGAGCACCAUAAAGAUCAUGGUGUACAUGAGUCACGUCAGCCUUGUGUCUCACUAGCCUCCAAAUAUUUAUCCAAAGGAACAAAUAUCUAUGUUCCUUCAUACCACUUGUCAAAAGAGAUGAAGACGCUAAAGAAGAAACAUCGAUCUCCAGAGAGAAGAAGGUCACUGUUCAUUCAUGAAAAUAGCAGGGAGAGGAGUGAUAGAGAUCGAGGAAAGACCAAUGCAGACUCCAAAAAGCAGGCUGCAGUGACAGAUGCUGACAUCUUCAAGAUCAGCUCCAGAAGUCUUAGCAGCAGGAGCAGCCUAUCCAGGCACCACCAAGCAGAAAGCCCUUUGGGAGCUAAGUUUCAGUUGUCACUAGCUUCUUACUGCAAAGAACGAGAACUAAAGAAAUUGAGAAAGGAGCAAAUGGAGCAGAGAAUCAACUCAGAAAAUUCUUUCUCAGAAGCAAGCAGUCUUUCCUUAAAAUCCACUAGUAUAGAAAGAAAAUGUACACCAGGACAGCAACAAAGUAAACAGAACAAUGUCAUACCUGGAAAGAGUAAUCUUUCAAACCUGGUAAAUGGACAUCUCUCAAGAAAAAGAUCCUCUUCUGAUUCAUGGGAACCUACUUCAGCAGGCUCUAAACAGAAUAAAUUCCCUGACAAAAGAAAAAGGAACUCUGUGGAUUCAGAUCUGAAAAGCACAAGAGAAUCUAUGCUACCAAAAGCAAAAGAGUUCUUCCUUGAGAAGCGUCCUGAUGGACCACAUCAGAAAGAAAAAUUUAUAAAACAUAUUGCACUGAAGACACCUGGUGAUGUGUUGCGCUUGGAAGAUAUAUCCAAGGAACCAAAUGAUGAAACUGAUCGCUCCUCUGCAGGCUUGGCACCUUCAAAUUCUGGCCACCAUUCUUCUAGGAAUAGUGACCAAAUCCGUGUGGCGAGUACCAAAGAGACUAAGAUGCAGAAACCCCACUUACCUUUACCUCAGGAAAAAUCUGCAAUUAAAAAAGCUAGCAACCUUCAGAAAAGUAAAACUGCUAGCCCUGUGUCAUCAAAGGAGACAAAACUUCUACCUUUACUUUCCCAUGUUCCAAGUGCUGGUUCCUCUCGGGUACCAUUAAAUGCUAAAAAUUGCACUCUUUCAGUUCCUAAAAAAGAUAAAGAGCGUUCUUCAUCUAGGGAAUGUUCUGGGCAUUCUACAGAAUCCUCCAAACACAAGGAACACAAAGCAAAGACUAAUAAGGCUGAUUCUAAUGUAUCUUCAGGGAAAAUUUCUGGGGGAUCUUUGCGUUCAGAAUAUGGCACUCCUACAAAGUCUCCCCCGGCUGCUUUGGAAGUUGUGCCAUGUAUCCCAAGCCCUACAGCACCUUCAGAUAAAGAGAGUUCAGGAAAUUCCAAUGUAGAUAGCAAUGCACUGAAAAGAAAACUAAGGGGUGAUUUUGAUAGUGAUGAAGAAAGUUUAGGUUACAACCUAGACAGUGAUGAGGAAGAAGAAACAUUAAAAUCACUGGAAGAAAUAAUGGCUAUGAACUUCAGUCAGACUCCUGCAACUACAGGAAAGCCUCCUGCUCUUUCCAAGGGGCUUAGAUCUCAGUCAUCAGGCUAUACUGAACGUGUUCACAGUGGGACUUACACAAAUACUUUAGAGCGUCUAGUGAAGGAGAUGGAAGAUACACAAAGGCUGGAUGAACUGCAGAAGCAGCUACAAGAAGACAUAAGGCAGGGCCGAGGCAUUAAAUCCCCAGUCAGAAUCGGAGAUGAAGACAGUACAGAUGAUGAGGAUGGCCUCUUGGAAGAGCACAGGGAAUUUCUAAAGAAAUUUUCAGUUACAAUUGAUGCGAUUCCUGAUCAUCAUCCAGGUGAAGAAAUAUUUAAUUUCCUCAAUUCUGGAAAAAUUUUCAAUCAGUAUACCUUGGAUUUAAGAGACUCUGGUUUUAUCGGACAAAGUGCUGUAGAAAAGCUUAUUCUUAAAUCGGGAAAAACAGAUCAGAUUUUUUUGACAACACAAGGUUUCCUUACCUCUGCUUAUCACUAUGUCCAAUGUCCUGUACCUGUGUUAAAGUGGCUGUUUCAGAUGAUGUCAGUUCAUACAGACUGUAUUGUGUCAGUGCAGAUUUUAAGUACAUUGAUGGAAAUAACAAUUAGAAAUGAUACCUUCAGUGACUCACCGGUUUGGCCCUGGAUCCCGUCAUUGUCUGAUAUAGCAGCUGUGUUUUUCAAUAUGGGAAUUGAUUUUAGAUCUUUAUUUCCUCUGGAGAAUCUUCAGCCGGACUUUAAUGAAGACAGUCUAGUUUCUGAAACACAGACAUCUGGGGGAAAAGGAAGUGAAGAUUUAUCCUAUAAGCCAGUUUUUUCAAGUCUUCCUGAAACCAACAUUUUAAAUGUGGUUAAGUUUCUAGGCUUAUGUACAUCUAUACAUCCAGAAGGUUACCAGGAUCGUGAAAUAAUGUUGCUGAUUUUAAUGUUGUUUAAAAUGAGUUUGGAAAAACAGCUGAAACAGAUUCCUCUAGUUGACCUUCAAAGCCUCCUGAUAAACCUGAUGAAAAACAUCAGAGAUUGGAACACAAAGGUUCCUGAACUCUGUCUGGGUAUAAAUGAACUCUCCAGUCAUCCCCACAACCUUCUGUGGUUGGUACAGCUUGUCCCUAACUGGACAUCACGUGGAAGGCAACUGAGGCAGUGCCUCAGUCUAGUGAUAAUUUCAAAGCUUUUGGAUGAGAAACAUGAAGAUGUCCCUAAUGCCAAUAAUCUUCAGAUAUCAGUCCUACAUCGCUAUCUUGUGCAAAUGAAGCCUUCUGAUUUGUUAAAGAAAAUGAUCUCGAAGAAAAGGGCUGAACAACCAAAUGGCGCUAUUGAUGACAGUCUUCAUUUAGAACUUGAAAAGCAGGCAUAUUACCUGACCUACAUUCUUCUUCAUUUAGUCGGUGAAGUUAGUUGUUCUUAUUCUUUUUCUUCUGCACAACGGAAACACUUUGUGCUACUCUGUGGGGCUUUGGAAAAGCAUGUUAAAUGUGAUAUCAGGGAAGAUGCAAGACUUUUUUACAGAACUAAGGUGAAAGACCUGGUUGCCAGGAUACAUGGAAAAUGGCAGGAAAUAAUCCAGAACUGUCGGCCUACUCAGGGGCAGCUUCAUGACUUCUGGGUACCAGAUUCUUAACAGGAGUUGCAGCAGCAAAAAUAUGAACCAAGAAAAAUUCAAUAAGAAUCUUUUCUAGAAGAGUGGAAUACUACAAAAGCCAAUGGAAUACUAAGAAAGUAUACAGUGAAUGUGCCGCUUGAAUGUCUAGUAUGAAGCUGGUAAUGAAAAAAUUGCCUUUCGGAAGGAGAUAUGAAAUGUAAUCUGCUUAGCUGUUAAGACAAUUGACUUUUUUUUUU